UCUUCACACAUGUUGUAACUUUGCGCAAAUUUUGAGGUUAACUUUGACGUUUUUUUCAUUACACGUUUGCUGAAAUUGAUCGAUUACCAUUACUUGAAGAAGUCUUAACACGUCACAGUUUGGUUCUUCCAACCACCGUUAUAGCAUUUGAUUUUAGUUUUCUAUUAUUGCUGGGAGCUUGCAGUUGGAGUGAGUGAUCAAUUAUGUUGAUUUUGCGUGCAUGACGCAACAAAACCUUUGACCUACGGAAUCCCUCAUAAUUUAUUCCCGUAACCAGAAAGCGUUGAUUCUAUUGUUUAUAACAAUGCAUCAUUUAUGAGAGGAAAAGGUCACACAAUUUGGACGCUUUAUUAACAUUCAUUGAUCACACAUUAAGUCUUGACGUUGGUAUAAAUUGUAGUUUUAAAACAUUGACAAUGCACUGCUAGAAAAGUAAAAGUAUUUGGUGCUAAAGUCUCAGAUUUUGUUCAUAAAUAAAAAAUAAGUUUGGGUAUUUCGUUGUAAAAAUCACUGUAAAAAAGGUUUGAAUAAACAAAUAAAACUUUUAGCGUAAACAAUGGCCGAGUAUCAACCACUUUUCGGUGUUUGGGACUAUGUUGUCCUAGUGAUUGUUUUAUUAAUUUCCUCCAGUAUCGGAGUUUAUUAUAGAUUUACCGGAGGUAAACAGAAAACAAUGCAGGAGUAUUUAUUGGCCGAUAAAAACAUGUCUAUAACACCGGUCGCUUUCUCCCUCAUGGCUUCUUUCAUGUCAGCAAUCACACUAUUAGGUGUCUCCAGCGAAAAUUACACUUUCGGUAUCCAAUUCAUCGUAAUCAACAUUUCUUACGGUAUUUUCACGCCAGUGGCGGCGUAUUUAUACCUCCCUGUUUUCUUCAAACUACAAGCAACGAGCGCAUAUGAGUAUUUGGAAAAAAGAUUCGGCAAAGCCUCACGCCUGGCAGCCUCGUUGUCUUACAGCCUCCAGAUGACUUUAUACAUGGGGGUCGUGCUCUACGCCCCUGCUUUAGCCCUUGAAGCUUUAACAGGAAUCAGUAAAGUUGCAGCGAUUUUAUCGGUUGGACUUGUUUGUACGUUUUAUUCGACGAUUGGAGGCAUGAAAGCGGUCUUGAUGACGGACGUUUUCCAGUCGAUUUUAAUGUUUGCUGCGGUGUUUAGUAUUAUUAUUUUUGCGGCUAUUGAUAAGGGAAGUUUGGCGGAGAUUUGGAGGAUCGCCGAACGCGGAAAUCGGACCGAAUUAUUGAACUUCAAUCCAGAUCCCACCGAAAGGCAUUCGUGGUUUUCGCUGAUAAUCGGCGGGGGAAUCACGUUUUUGUCGCUUUAUGCCGUUAAUCAAACGCAAGUGCAACGAUAUUUGACUGUGAAGGAUUUGAAAACGGCACAGAAGGCGCUGUGGCUCAAUUGGCCCAUUUUGACGUGUUUGAGCCUCAGUACGUCCUUUGCAGGGCUCGCUAUGUACUCGAAAUAUUACAGUUGUGACCCAGUUUCGGCCAAAAUCAUCAACAGUGCUGAUCAGUUAAUGCCUUUGUACGUGAUGGACACAAUGGGCAACAUCCCUGGACUGGCUGGCCUCUUUGUUGCUGGUAUUUUCAGCGCCUCUCUCUCCACCGUUUCAGCAGCACUUAAUAGUUUAGCUGCUGUAACAGUCGAAGAUUACUACAAGCCUUUGUACCAAUACAUUGCUAAAAAACCUUUAUCGGAAAAAAGAGUCUCCGUUCAAACGAAACUAAUCGCUUUAUUUUUCGGCUUCGCAUGUUUGGCUAUUGCCUUCUUAGCCCAGUUUCUAGGAGGAGUCCUUCAAGCCUCUUUGACGAUAUUCGGAGUUAUCGGAGGGCCCCUUCUAGCCCUGUUCUCCCUAGGGAUGUUUACUACCACUGCCAAUGAAAAGGGAGCUUUGGUCGGUCUUGUGUCGGGUAUUUCUCUGGCUUUGUGGAUGGCCUUUGGUAACCCCAAACCGCCUUUGCCAACGUUACCUGUGACCACGGAAGGAUGUGCUGACGUUUUCUCGAAUAUUAGUAUUACAAAUGAGCCGUUAGUGAACAAUCCGGACAAUAAGGAAUAUUUUUGGCUGUACAAAGUGUCGUAUUUAUACAACGGUGUUUUCGGAUUAGUUACCACGUUCCUUGUUGGUUAUUUGAUCAGUUUGGUCAUUAAUAGCAUUUAUGGGAGAAAAGAUCAACACUUGGACCCGAAUUUAUUUAUUCCUCCAAUUCAACGAAAGCUGCAAAAGCGGGAAUUGUCGCUCAGUAUGAAGCAGUGGUCCGAAUCUGAAGAGGAUCUCAGAAGCAAACACGUGCUGAAACGGAAAUAUUAAUUGUAUUAAUUUUGUAGCAGUACUUAUUUAUUGUGUACACGUGAAAAUGUCUUCCAUUAGAUAAUAAAUGCCGGUUUUAUUGAAAUAAACAACUUUGUUAGAUAA